AUGAACACCGUGAUUAGCCUCAUGAUGCCGAUUACGCUGCCGGACAAAGACGAACGAAAUAAAUCGAUGAAAACACAGGUUGACCGCCAUCACGCCUACGAAGUCGGAGACGCUGUCUUCGUCAAGGACUAUCGCUCAAAGCAGACUUGGAGCCCCGGAGUCAUCAUUCGACGUUUAGGAGCGGUAAACUACUUAGUGAACUGUCAAGGGAAUCAAUGGCAUCGACACGCAAAUCAGUUAAGACGACGGGAUCACCAGAAUCAGCGUCUGCUGCUGCAUAUGGACUUUGAUCUGCCGAUGCCUAUACGCCGCCCAUCGACCCCGACCACCGUUCCAACUCAACCAACGGUCGCUUUAACAGGAAACCAAGAACGUGCACCAUCAACUCCUACUACAAUACCAGUACACACCAGGACAACUCAAGGACCACCACUUCGCCGAUCAUCGCGAAACACUCGGGAACCAAGACGCCUCAUAUUGGAUCCCCGUCAAAAGUCCUACAUUUGGCAUCAACACUUCGCGGGGGAGAUACAGGGCGUUAGUUUGUUCGCCUGGUUGUGCAUAGACAAUCUCACAUUGUGUUGCCCUGAAGGUGAUUUCGGGCCGCAGUGUGAUAAAUGUCCAGGUUUGGCUGAAAAUGGCACCGCGUGCGCUGGACGAGGAAAAUGCCAUGGAAACGGAAGCCGAAAAGGAAGCGGCAAGUGUAAAUGCGAUGACGGAUACAGUGGAAAUCUGUGCAGACACUGCGAUGCUGGGUACUUCCAAGUUGAAAACGAGCAAGGAAAAAUUAUUACUUGCAAAAAAUGCUAUGAAGGGUGCUUCGGAGUCUGUAAUUCAGAAGGACCAAAAGGAUGUACAAAGUGCAAAAAUGGAUGGAAAUUAGAUGAAAUCGAGGGAUGCAUAGAUAUUGACGAGUGUCAAAAUUCCGAUGCUUGUACAAAAGAAAACGAAGUGUGCGUGUAUUCAGUUGGAUCAUUCCGUUGCGACUGUGCUGCAGAUCACAAACGCGACGAUAAAAACAAUUGUGUGCUCGAUAUUGAAGCACCUCCAUAUCGAUCAAUAGUGCCUCCCGAUCAGCUUCUACGCUUCAUUUCAAUGUCAUCUCUCGUUUUCAUCAUCACUUUCGUCGUCUGGUACCGAUAUCCAUUGCUCUACGUUCUUACGGCAAUCGCUGUCGUCGCACUAAUCUUAGUUGAUCUUUAUAUUACUCCACAAUCGGUUCCCGAUGAAGCGAAACGGUUCCUCGGAUACUAA